CCCCAACCAAAAAAAAGUAGAUACAGAUUUGGCAUGCGCCAUACUCUCGUCAGUGCUACCCGAUCGACCAACUGUUGCGUCCUACUUAUAAAAGACGUUUGCCCCGCCCUCUCCUACUUUCUCUUCUUCAAGACAAUCACAAACUAUUCACAGUAGCUUCAACAAGUAACAAACACUUCAUCAAUCGACCAAACACCAACAAACGAAAGUUAAUUCACACAAACCUUCAAAAUGGCUUUCACUGCUAGCGACAUCUGCAAGAUCAUCCUCGCCAUCUUCCUCCCUCCCCUCGGCGUCUUCCUCGAGCGCGGCUGCGGCGCCGACCUCCUCAUCAACAUCCUCCUCACCAUCCUCGGUUACAUCCCCGGAAUCAUCCACGCCUUGUACAUCAUCUUGAAAUACUAAGCGCGUCACCGCCCCGGAGCACCCUCCCGCCUGUCUCCCUUCUCUCUCAUCGCCCUCCACAAUGACAGCGCGCGCUCCGCCUUCUUCUUCUUCUCCUCCUCUCAUCUGAACCGUCUCGUCUCGUCACAGCAUGCGCUCCGACCCGACUCAACCACCACCCCUGCGCGGCACAUUCUAGCCGGAAAGCUUGGCGACUCGACUAUCCAGCCCAGCCCAGCGCGCAUCCCUGCGCUGAGGCUGGAAGGAUACGAAAAAUUGCCCAGCUGCCCAGUCUUGACGUAAUGCGCGGUACUUGAACGAACCCUGGUGGAUAGCUCGGGGGGGCCGGACCCUGCGAAACGCAUCGGCUCGUUUUCGGUUGGGGACUUGAUCUCUCUCUGUCUCUUUUUCUAUUUACGAAGUCGUUUUUUUGAAACCAGAUUUUUAGUCUACGGACGCUGGGAUUUGCACUGCGCUAUGAGGGGGGUCGUUGUUACACACGCACACGGGGUGUGUGGAUGUGGGGGAGUCGGAGAGAGGGGAGUUGGUUGAUAGUUGAGAAAUUUAAUACAUGAUGAUUCCCCC